CAGUCAAUGCGUUUGACUCAAAAAAGUAAGCCUGUGCGUGAUAAUAUGACAUAACUAUCCAAAUGAUGAAGACGAAGACCAAAAACACCCACCUCUUCUACCUCCACCACAAUCAUCAUCAUCAUCAUCAUUCUGCUUGAAAUCAACUCCAAUUUUUUUUUUCUACCCUUUUUGCUCUGCAUGCAUGGGUUGCUUCUCAUUCUCAUUCUUCUUCUUUAUAUGUUGCGUUUUCCUUCCAAGUCUUACUUUCUCAGCCUCCAUUUCCACGCACUCAAUCAGCCCCGAUUUCACAGCCUCAUACUUCCAAUUCAAAGACACCAGAGGCGCUUUCUUACGCUCUCAAGAUGGUACUUUCAAAGCCACAAUUGAUGCCGCCAGACCCCCCUCCACAAAAUAUUACUUCUCUGUCGUACACAGUGCCACCAACAUCAUAAUCUGGUCAGCCAACCGCAACACGCCCAUGUCAAGCUCCGACAAGUUGUCACUGACUGUCAACGGCCUCAUGGUCACAAACCAAACUGGUCAGCCACUCUGGUCAACCCCGCAAUUCAAUUCUGAUAUUUCUGCUAUGCAGCUUUCAGAGACAGGAAAUCUCGUUUUAGUUGAUGCAGGAAACAAUACGUUGUGGGAGAGUUUUGCUCAUCCGACGGACACUAUUGUCAUGGGACAGAGAAUUCCUACUGGAAAAUCAUUGCAAAGCGCUGUGACAGCCGACGAGGACAUGUCGGUGGGUGAUUAUCGACUUGAAGUUACUGACAGUGAUGUGGUGCUGCAAUGGAAUAAGAUGAAUUAUUGGAGUUUGUCCAUGGAUCAAAAGGCUGUCAGGAACUCUAAAAAGGCCGUAUCGUUGAUGGUGAUGAAUGGCACAGGUUUGUAUUUGCUAGCAAGUGAUAAUUCCACGGUUGUUCAAGUAGCUUUGAGUGGGUCAUCAAGGUUUAAGAGUGGUAAGUUGGGUCCCGAUGGCAGAUUUAGUAUCGUCAGACCACCUCAGACUCAGAGCGAUAAAUGGGAGUUAGAAUUUGCAGGACCAUUUGAGGAUUGUGAUCUUCCUCUCAAUUGCAAAGAAUUUGGAUUGUGCAGAAGAAAGCCUCUGGGUGGAAUUUGUUCUUGUUUACCAGAAUUCAGUCAUCAAAACAAUGGUGAUAAUUGCAUGCCACUGAAUCGUUCGCUUUCUCUGCCUUCAGCUUGUACUGCAGCUAGAAAUGGCAGUCAAUUGAAUUCCUCUAUUUCCUAUCUAAAAUUCGGCCCUGGUAUGGACUAUUUUGCCAAUAAUUUCAAGGAGCCCGUGAAAAAUAAUGUAACGUUGUCGGUUUGCCAAAAUUUAUGCUCUGAAAAUUGUUCUUGUUUGGGCUUUUUCCAUGAAUUUUCUUCUGGUUCUUGUUAUCUUCUUGCAAACCAUUUAGGUUCUUUCAUUUCGGCAGACAACAAUAAGGACCGUUUCGGUUAUAUCAAAGUUUUGGUUGGUUCUUCUAACAUAAAUCAGAAACAAAACUUACCAGUCGCUGCUUUGGUACUAUUACCUUUAACAGGAUUCUUAAUACUAGUAGUGUUUGUAAUCAUUGCAAUCCUUUGGUUAAGGAAAAAGCGGCAUUCUAAAACCAGAACUGUAAAACUAGGCCGGAGUAACUCGUCCUCGUCUGCAGAGCUAGAGAUGAUCUCUAUCCCAGGCUUACCGAGAAGGUUUGCUUACGAAGAGCUUGCAGCUGCUACUGAGAACUUCAAGACUCAGAUUGGUAGCGGUGGAUUUGGUACUGUAUACAGGGGUACUCUGUCAGACAAAACUGUUGUGGCGGUCAAGAAGAUUACUAGUUUGGGAAUCCAAGGGAAAAAAGAAUUUUGUACUGAGGUUUCAAUAAUUGGGAACAUCCACCAUAUCAAUUUGGUUAGAUUGAAAGGUUUUUGCGCACAAGGGAGGCAGCGCUUUCUUGUUCUCGAGUAUAUGAACAGAGGUUCGUUGGGCAGUACACUCUUCGGUAAUGGUCCUGUUCUAGAAUGGCAAGAGAGAUUGGAAAUAGCCAUUGGAACAGCAAGGGGGCUUGCUUACUUGCAUGGUGGAUGUGAGCACAGAAUCAUCCACUGCGAUGUGAAGCCAGAAAACAUUCUCUUGAACGACAAUUUACAAGUGAAAAUCUCAGAUUUUGGGCUGUCGAAGCUGCUAAAUCCUGAACAAUCUUUUCUAUUUACAACAAUGAGAGGAACUCGAGGCUAUCUUGCGCCUGAGUGGAUAAUGAGUUCCACAAUUUCCGACAAGGCUGAUGUAUAUAGUUAUGGGUUGGUUUUACUAGAGAUUGUGAGGGGAAGAAAAAAUUGCUCAAUACAAACAUGGAGCCACAGCACAAAAACUAGUAGCAGUGAAGGAAAUGCCUCAUCCUCAUCCCCUUCUGUUUCGGAACACAGACUAAUAUAUUUCCCUCUAUUUGCGCUAGAAAUGCAUCAGCAGAGAAGGUACUUGGAACUGGCAGACCCAAGGUUAGAGGGACGAGUGACAAGUGAAGAGGUUGAGAAGCUAGUGCGGAUUGCCUUGUGUUGUGUGCAUGAAGAUCCAGCGCUGCGGCCUUCUAUGGCUCACGUUGUUGGCAUGUUGGAAGGUGGUUUGUCUUUGGGUGAGCCGAGGUCCGAGUCACUAAAUUUCUUGCGGUUCUAUGGCCAGAGAUUCAUCGAGGAGUCAAGAAUGGAAGGGUUCAAUGAGCUGAAGGACUUGGGGUUGUAUCCAGAUAUAAAUGCUACUUCUAAUAGUGCUGCAGGUGUUUCAUAUAACCCAAUGUCUUACAUCUCUUCACAACAGCUUUCUGGCCCCAGGUAGUGCUCAAAGUUUCUGUACUAGUUAUUAGGAAAUAUUGGCUGAAUAUGGAUGUGCAUGUGUUGAGAGUUUUGGCUGCAGGUUUCUGAACCUGCAGACUCUCUAUGCUUGAAUUGUAUCUACCAAUAUUGCCUGCAAUUUCCGUUGCCCAGUUGUAGAUAUGCGGGUUUUGGUUCUCUUGGCUUAGAUAGUAAAAUUAUUGUUAAAUAGCGUGGUAGAAGAUUCCACCUUUGUGACUCUUCAUGGUUGAUCUUUUUUGAUUUUGAUAUGAAAAAUUGGUAUUAUCAUUAAUA